CCCCCAUGGUAACUGAUCCCGUGCACAGGUCUGAGCGUUGCCCGGCAACUGCAGCGUCCGGGCCAGAGAGAGAGAUAACAUUCUCGUAAUGCAGAAGAGUCCGGCCGGCCGGAGCAGAGAGAGAGACCCGGCUGCCGGCACCGAGAGCAGACCCAGGGGAGCGGCUCCCUGUCCGUCCAUCCACCAUGAUCACCACCCAGCUCAAUGGUGACAUCCUGAAACCACAGUUCAUGGAACAGCUGAACUAUCUGACAGAUAAAAGCAAAUCACUGGUGGACAAAGAGAAAUGUGAACAUUUGGCCGCAUGUCUUCUAAUAUCUUCCAAAGUAGGUGGCAGUGAAAAGCCUUCCAGACCCUUAGACAGGACACUGAGGAGACCCAAGACAGCACUGGCUUCUCUAGGAGGAAGCAUAUGGGAUCCAUAUGAAACCACUAUGAAUCGGGACUACCCAAAUAAAGUUGAUUCCCCAACAGUAGCUGUACGUCCGAAGACCUCUAAAAGCUACAGGAAUCCAUACUAUCUCUGUGACCCUGUGGGAAUAAGCAUGUACAAUAAUGAGUUUAGCUGGAAGCAGUAUUCCAAACCAGAACCUAUUAGAGCUGCAACUGCUUCAGGGGCCAGGAAUAACAGACCUCAUCCUGAUAAGACGUUUGCAGUGUGGAAGUUACCCCAUGAGGAGAAAGGGAUCGCCCUGGACAGCCGCUCUCCCUGGAUUAGGACACCAACAAGUGACGAGGUGCAGAAGGUCAUGAGGUCCCAGUAUCUCUCCACAUAUAAAGAGGACUACUUAGGAAUACCGCAAGGUUAUCAGGUUAGAUAUGCCAUCGAUGCUGCUCCCAACUGGAGGAGAGAAAUUCCGCAGCCUUUGGCCACAGAGUCACGGUUUCAUUAUCAAGUUCAGCCACAUGCUCCUGAGCUGGACGAUUUCACCCACAAAUAUGGAUGUUACUCGCAUCGACGUCUUCCAGCCAAGGGAGUAGUUCCAUCGAUGACAAAGCCUCAUAUCCGUAACCAACAAAAUAUAAAACAACUUACCACGUAUCAAAGGCAUUUUGGAAGAGACUUUAUUGACCUGUCUGCGCUCGCUACUUCAUUGCAUCCUGAAGAUGUCGUGAGUUUUCUGCAAUGUAUCCCUAGUAAAGAAAGAACAACACAGGAGAAGUUUCCUAACACUUUCCAAGGGAUUGACAAUCAUUUCAAAGAGAAUUAAGUGGACAGCUCUAGGAAGAUGUGUGUUGGUACCCCAAAUCUCUGCUUCUGAAAAUGAUGGUGCUCAAACAGAAUUCCCAAAGACAAAUCAGUUAUGCAGGGUUGCACUGAACAGCAGAUUCUCAAUACAGACUUUCAUGGUAGAGUUAUCACCAAAUGAAUCAUUAAGGGGGUCAUUCCGAGUUGUUCGCUCGCUAGCAGUUUUUAACAGCCGUGCAAACGCUAUGCUGCCUCCCACUGGGAGUGUAUUUUAGCUUAGCAGAAGUGCGAACGAAAGGAUCGCAGAGCGGUGGCAAACUUUUUUUGUGCAGUUUUUGAGUAGCUCAAUACCUACUCAGCGCUUGCGAUCACUUCAGACUGUUCAGUUCCUGUUUUGACGUCACAAGCACGCCCUGCGUUCGCCCAGCCACGCCUGCGUUUUUCCUGGCACGCCUGCGUUUUUUCCAACACUCCCUGAAAAUGGUCAGUUGACACCCAGAAAUGCCCACUUUAUGUCAAUCACUCUGCGGCUAGCAGUGCAACUGAAAAGCUUCGCUAGACCUUGUGUGAAACUGCAUCGGUUGUUGUAAUAUUACUUUGCGCGUGCGCAUUGCGCCGCAUGCGCAGAAGUGCCGAUUUUUUUGCCUCAUCGCUGCGCAGCGAACGAAAGCAGCUAGCGAUCAACUCAGAAUGACCCCCUAAGUCUUGUUUUUAGAUAGCCUAGUCCACAGGGAAUAUUAGCAACACCAAUGUUAUAUUAAUUAGCUAGUAACUGUAAUUAGUGCCGGCUACCUCAAUGUGUUUGUUACUGCCCUUUAAUAAUGCAUUGCCGUUUUAGUAUCAUUUGAAAAAUUUCCAAACUAGUCAAUCACUUCAUUGAACUAUAUCACUUUUACACAUUAAUAAAGUAACUUGCAGUCCA